AACGUGCGUUGAAGUCAUACACUUUACCACUACGCUAACGUAUAUAUGUUAGUUUAGUAAUAUUGAUAAACAUUAUGUUCAGGAUACAAAAACUAAUGAAAACGCCCGAAAAUGUUGGCGAAAAUUAAUGAGUGCCAGAUCAAUUAUUAGACAAUAAUAUACAUACAUCUCAUACAAAUAUUGCGCAAAGUUACUGAAAGUAACGAAAACACCGCAAAAUAUUGGCGAAGAUUAAAGAGUUCCAGGUCAAUACUUACGGCCAAUAACUAAAUAAGUUAUUUUAGUAAUAUAUAUGUUUUCUUACAAAUAUUGCGCGAAGUAAAGAAAACGCAUGAAAAUUUAAGGGAAGAUGACGAUAUUUCACCGUAUAAACAGAUAGUUUCCGUGGUUUACGGUAAAACUCUACAAGAGAACGGAUAUUACUAUAAUAAGGUCAAUAUUUCGCACGAAAAUUUCGUGACCACUAAUCACAUAUCACGGCCGAUCAGGCUUAUAUAUGAUAUAUAUUUAUAUAUGCAGUCAAGGACAUGCAUAUUUAUACAUGUAAAUCUGGAUUUAUUUAUUAGCAGAAAAGGCAUCACCAAAGAAAAGUGACUGAUAUUAUUAACAAUGGAUUUAAAUCGGUCUGACAGGUCGGAUUUUCAAGACAGGGAGCUUAUUGAAGCUGUGCUUCAGAAAUCUGAGGAACCGUGUCGGCUGAACGAGUCAGGUGGUUCUAGGUUAAGCUCAAUAGUGCUCCAGCAUCCGAGCCUCCGGUCAACUGGAAAUUUGAGCCGACCAGCGAGUUUUGUCUCGAGACGCAGUGGGACAUUGUCACAAGAAAAGCUAAGUGAUAUUUUAGACGAUGACUUACUUCACAAGGACAAAGCCAGUUCAAACUUUGAAGAAAUUAAAUUGAAUUUGUUGAUACUGUUGCUUCUUUGCGUGACGUCAUUGGUACUCGGCUUACUGUCCAUGUUAUUGAUUAUUUCACUCUCCGAUCAACAGCCAACAUCCGGUCCUUGUGCCUCUGGAACGCAUGAGUCACUUGUAGAUGUGAACAGAACAUACGUACCUGUAACGGAAGUUGCAACGGCGUUGUCAAUGUUUGUUGUCGUCUGCGACAUCACAUGUUUACUCGUCUGCUCUCUUCAGUGUUUAAUCGUCGUGAAAAUAUUAAAGUUGAAUUUAGGAGAUGAAAGGGCCUUGAAGUAUCUUAAAGAAUGUUCGAGCAGCAGAGACAUUACAGUUUCCGGUUUCUUUGUAUCCAUUCCUGUGUUUCUUAUAUCAUUAAUUCUCUACGUCAUCCUGAAAUUUACUACCGCCGCAGCUAUUACAGCAAUGGUGAUUCUAAUUAUGGGGAGCGUGUUUUGUGUGCUCAGUUUAAUACAGAAUUCUUACCACUGGAGAUUAGAAAGAUCACGUGCUGUUAAAGGACUUCCGGUCUUCGACUGUGUCACAUUUCGGACAGACGGAAAAGAAGCAGGAUCGGGAAAAGAAUUGUCUACUUUGGUUUAAUACUUUUGCUCUUUAUGGGUAGGACUAUGACUUAUACAUGUGGAUUCUUAGCAAAAGGAGUAAUUAAAGACAAAACCUAUGCAGUAAAGGGCAAAUUUCAAAUGUGUUAAUCACGUAUGAAAUUCAAUGUAUUAGGUAUUGUUUUGUAAAUUGGAUACUUAUAAGGUUAUCUAUGUCGGCUCCCCGUGUGAUGUCUCAAUAAAUGCAAUUAUUAUUUUGUUGUUUUCUUCUUGUGUUCA